AUGGUUGAUGAUGAAAAGGGACAGGGCUAUCAUCUCGACUGUUUGGAAUUAAAAAAAGAAAAAGAAAUCAGUCCUCUUUUAUUUGCCAAAGUGGAAAGAUUAGAAAAUGAGAUAAUGGCAAUGAAAAGCAAUGGUAAAGCAAAAAAUAGAGAAGGAAAGAAAGCAUUUUCCUU